GAAGGUGGAGUUGAAACAAAGCUAUAAACUGUGGACCAAUCCAAAUGAUUUUGUGUAGCAGAGAUAAAUAUGACAGAUGCACGCCCAAAUAACACACACACAGACAUUAAGAUAUAGAAUAGAAGGAAAUUCAGAGGCGACAAUAGCCACAGUCUUGUAUUUUUGGAUCACUGCUUGACACUGAAAACAUUUCAUCAAUUCUUCAGGAGAGUUUGAACUCGAGGAGUCUUUAUUCUGGGCUAAAUCAAAAACAUAACUUUUACCAAAACAAGGGACCAGGAAGUAAAAAUGAAGGAACACGAGGUCUCUCUGCAGAGGAGAGCGGAUGUAACCCGACCCAGAGUUUGGCUGAGGAAUGAGCUCUCACGCGUUGGACUUGCUGAAUUCCUUUGCACAUAUGUGAUGAUGGCGCUGGGGCUGGGCUGUGUGGCCCAGGUCGUCACUGGACAGGGGGCGUUUGGACAUUUCCUCAACAUAAAUAUUGGGUUUGGACUGGCUGUUGCUAUGGGGGUUCAUAUUGGAGGAAAUGUCUCAGGAGCUCAUAUGAACGGAGCAGUGUCUUUCACAAUGUGUGUUUUUGGUCGCCUCGCAUGGAAGAGGCUCCCCCUGUUUAUUUUGGCACAGUUGUUUGCUUCGUUUCUUGCAGCUGUAACAGUUUAUGCGGUUUAUUAUGAAGCCAUUUAUGAUUACUGUGGAGGAAACCUCACUGUAACUGGGCCAAAGGCCACCGCUGGCAUCUUUGCCACCUAUCCUGCACCAUACCUCUCCUUGAUGGGUGGAUUCAUUGACCAGGUGUUUGGCACAGCAAUGCUGCUUCUUUGCCUGAUGGCUCUGUCCGACCAGAAGAACCAGCCAGCUGCCAGGGGUGGAGAACCUCUCACAGUAGGUCUGGUGGUGGUUCUCAUCGGCCUUUCUCUGGGCAGCAACAGCGGUUACGCCAUCAACCCCACCAGGGACAUUGCACCCAGGGUCUUCACAGCCAUAGCAGGCUGGGGAGUGGACGUGUUCAGGUCUGGAAAUGGGUGGUGGUGGGUGCCUCUAGUGGCUCCCCCCAUCGGAGGAGUGCUGGGAGCAGGGGUGUACAAGGCAUUUGUAGAGCUGCACCACCCGCCUCUCUCAGAGCAAAAGGAGGAAUCUAUUCCUCUGAAGAAAGAAGAAAACUGUGAUGAUACAUGUGCAAAACCUCAUGCAAAUACAAUCAUCUAGGUGCUUGUACAGCUGUGUGAACAUCUGUAUGCUGCUCAAACUUGAGGGUUAAAAGGACAGAAACCGACUGCUUAAAUGGGAACAUAAACACUUUUCCAAAAAAGUUUUAAGUGUUACGACUCAAAUUAUUCAAAAUGAAACCCUUUACCUGUGCUGUAGAUGGAUCUGGGCUUUGUGGACCUAGUUAUCCAUACUAGCCACAAGAUAUUUUGGGGGAAAAAGGAGUAAAAAGGAGGAUUAUUCAAUUUAGUACAAAAUAAAAA